UCACAGUUCAGUUCCACUCAGUUCGUUCCGUUCCGUGUGUUCUGUCAAGGUUCUGUCACAUCACAAAAUUGUGGAAGUAGGUAGAAAAUUUGGUGGAAGGCAAAAUGCAGAUAGCAGUGAAUGAUUGCGUGUUUUGUGUCUAAGCAAAUCAGGGAAAAAUAACGAUGUCGGUCCGCCACGUUCGGAAGGUGUAUGGCAGCAACACGCUCCCACCGCCCGAGGGUAACUCAGACGAAGAAUACGAGCCACUAUAUGCCAAAAAUUCCCCUUCGAAAUACAAAUAUCAAGGACUGGUUCUCAGUUCACAUUCCGAAAAUGAAUCUGAACAUGAUUCAGAACAUGAUUCUGCAGAGAACGCACAACCUGCAAUAGUUACCAAGAAGAAAAAAAAGAAGAAGAAGAAGCAAGGGAAGACAAAACCACAGCCUGUGGAAAAUUUGAAUAAUUUGGACGAGAUAGAUAGGUCUGUGUUGGAAGUGAACGCGUUGCUGGGGGCUCCUCCGCCGCCACCGCCGCCCAAGGAUAAGCCGCCAGUGGACCCGGCCGCGGCGCUGCUCACCCUACAACAGAAGCACCUCAACGUCGCCUACGAACUCAACAAACUGUUCGGCCCUGAUCCUGACGAACAAGGCACUAGGAGGUACGCUCUGCGUGGUCGCCAGCCAAACCUACAUCAGCUACUUAGGAAGACGAUCAUAGUACCAAUCACUGACAGUAUACUGAAUUUCAAGAAAGUUGGACUGUCAAUGUCUGUGAACCGCAAAGAGGAUGGGUUGCUGUACUUCACAUUCGACCACAACAGGGAGUACCAGAGGGUACACAAAGCCUUCCUCCACCUCUCCAAAUACAACAGGACUGGAGACAUCGCAGUGUCGGUGGAAGAGGCGCAAAGGAACAUGCAUGUAGAGGGAAUGCUAGAGUGCGCCGAUUCAAUGUUCCGAUUUGAAGCGUACUCCCCGGCCAACAGUAUCAUUGAGCAAGUCAUAGCAUACAUGCAAUAUGUUGCGCAUCCAUUUUUCAAGCUCACUGAUAGAAAAGUGCGUUUGGAGUACAGGUAUGCGGAGAACCGUCCGUUCCACAUAGCGGUACUGAAGUACUUGCACUUGUUGACGAAUAGGGCUUGCCACCGCACGGCACUGGAAUUGGCCAAGUUGCUGAUGAACCUGGACCCGUCAGACCCCCUCGCCAUCAUCUUCAUCAUAGAUACCCUGGCUUUACGAGCCAGACAGCACCAGUGGCUCAUAGACGCCGCCGAAUUCUGGACCAAAGAGAGAGACGCCGGGUUCCUCUUUAAUAUCCAAUACUCCGUCGCCAUGGCUCACUUUCACGUGGCUAUGAAGAAGAAGAUUGACGUGAGCCACGCCGACUAUAUGCUGAAGGAGGCGAUCAUGAGCUUCCCGCUGGUGGUGCCGAUGCUGCUAGAGUGCGCCGGAGUCACCAACAACACUAAAGUCCAGAACUGCUCACUGUUCAAGAAGGCUGAUGAAAUAACCGGGAAGAACUUUAAGGACCUCAUCUACCUUCACUCCAAGUUCACAUGGUCAAAGUGGCGCGAGCCUGACGUGUUCGAGUGGUUCAACCGGAACAUUAGCGAGCUCGCCGAGCAGUACGAAGCGAACCCGGAUACGCGGGAGCGUGCGGACCUGGCUGCGUUCAGGAGGAUGAGCUUGUUCCGCGGCUGGCCAGAAGAGGUGCAGCGGCAUCUCUGCGUCAUCAAGCCAAUGUCGGCUUUGCUCGUCGACGGGGCGGUGCCCCGCGUGUCGCGCACGCGCUCCUUCGAUCCGGUGCCGCCGCCAGACAGCAUCAGCCGCUACCACUACGACCUGGUGGACGUGAGGCCCGUCGCCACCGGCCACAUCUCCUCGCUCUACGAUCUCUUCUCCUCCAUCAUGCCGCUGUAUGACCUGCCUACCCCACAGGAGCUCGAGCGAGUGAUGGAAGGGCGUCGCGACGGCGCGUUGGCGGAAGACUUGCCGGAGGUGAGAGUGGGGAACAACGGGGAGGCGGCGGCGCCGGAGCCCGAGCUGGGGUACGACCCGCCUUCAGACGGAGAAGAAAACGCGGCCAGAGGCAACUUCGUCCGCUCGGUCGGCGCACUCACCGACGCCGUGCGCCGCUUCAUGGACGUGUACGAGACUGGCAACGACCCCGCUGGAGACAACACACAGGAGGAACACACACAGGAGCCAGAAAGCUCAAUAAUGGGCCAGAGCUUAGACUCGGACAGUCCUGUCCCAGAUCUGGAUCCAGACUCAGAUGAUAACCUUGAUGAGUGGUUUAGGCAUAGGCAAGAUGAAGUUCUGAACGGUUACUCCAUGCGGGAUCCUCCCAUUUACAAUGAAGAAAGCCCGUCACGACAUCCAACGUCAAUAUUUUGUAUAAUAGCAACUGAGUUCUGCGAAAGGUUUUCAUUCUGUGGAUUAAGAACAAUACUGUCGCUGUACUUACGGAACGUUCUCUGUUUCCACGAGAAUGCGGCGACUGUUGUGUACCAUAUAUUUAUUAUGAUGUGCUACACCAUGCCUCUGAUGGGCGCCAUCUUGGCUGAUAACUUCAUUGGCAGAUACAGAGUGAUAUUGUAUUUUUCAAUCAUUUACCUGAUCGGGAUGCUUCUGACUUGCGCUUCAGCGAUACCUCCGCUAAUGCUGCCGCCUACGUCUACUUCGAUGCUCGGUCUUAUACUGAUAGCCACUGGCACUGGAGGCAUUAAACCAUGUGUUGCAGCCUUCGGAGGUGACCAGUUUCGCCUGCCUGAGGACAACCAGCGCCUGCAGCGCUUCUUCUCGACGUUCUACUGCACGGUGAACCUGGGCGGGUUCAUGGGCAUGGUGGUGACGCCGGCCCUGCGCAGGAGUGUCAUGUGUUUCGGGGACGACGCCUGCUACGCGCUCGGCUUCGGAUUCCCGGCGUUGCUUGUGCUCUUAUCUAUCAUUAUAUUCGUCGCGGGGAAGCCUUGGUACCGGAUUAAACAGCCGCGCGAUAACACUACCUUAAAAUUCGUUUCGUGUGCUUGGUCUGCGCUGAAGAGGAAGAUGCGGUACGACCCGGCGGUGGAAGGCGCGCCGCGGGAGCACUGGCUGGACUACUCCACGGAGCAGUACGGCGAGAAGCUGGUCUCCGACAUGAAGGUCGUGUGCUCCAUCCUCUACAUGUACCUGCCCGUGCCUAUAUUCUGGUCGCUCUUCGAUCAACAGGGUUCGCGUUGGACUUUCCAAGCGUCGCGCCUGCGCAGUGAAGUGUUCGGCGUGACCCUCCUACCGGACCAGCUGCAGGUAAUGAACCCGGCAAUGGUGCUGCUGAUGAUCCCACUGUGCCCCGGCGGCGCGUGGCCACUUCUGCCCGACCUCCCCCCGCUGCAGAAGAUGUUCAUCGGUGGCAUGCUCGCCUCCAUGGCAUUUGUAUCUGCUGGAAUCCUACAAAUUGGCAUCGAGCGAUCGACACUGCAAUUACCUCGCCACCAUCAGACGGGUCUUGUUCUUCUGAACACAUUGGGGUGCGGCAUCGAGGUGGGCGUGGGGGGCGAAGGCCUGGCGCUCGUGGACAUGUACGGUACGGUGCUGAUGACGCCGCUGCCGCACCGCCCGUACACUAUCACCGCGCGAUGCCCCGUCAACUGCGCCGGCAGGAUCAUGAACCGGCACACGCUCAAACAUGAACUCCGGACCGUCGAUGGCAUGUUCAUGCCGGUCAUAGUUGGACAGAACUCCGACGACCAGAUAUCGUUUUACUUCAUGGACCCAAACACGUUCACCAAAUCGCUAACUGGAAAGCCGAAGCUGAAAGUGGUGUACCUUGGCGAGACGGGACCCAACAAGAACGUGUCCAUAGUGAUAGAGACAGAUAAACGGCUGAGCGAUAUCUACUACGUGUCCGACGCGCCAAUAGACCACAUUGGGGAGUCGGCGUACAUGUGCCUGCAGCCUGGGAGGUUCAAAUGGCGCGCACAGAGCGCAAACGGGGAAGUGGAUGGGUCAGGCGAGGCUAACCUGCGCAUGGGCGGCGUGUACGUGCUCUGUCUCCGCGAGAGGCUGGGCAGGCUGGACGCGGCCGUACUGCACGCCCCCAACCCUCCCAACGAGCUUCACUUGGCCUGGAUCGUGCCGCAGUACCUGCUGGUCUCCGUCGCUGAGAUCAUGUUUGCUGUCUCCGGGCUGGAGUUUGCCUUUACACAGGCACCAAAGAGCAUGAAAACGAUCACAAUCGCCGCGUGGUACGUGUCCGUUGCGUUCGGAAACUUGAUUGUCAUCCUGGUGGCGCAGACUAAGAUAUUCGAGUCCCGUGCAAUGGAGUUCUUCGUGUAUGCGUUGGUGCUGGCGCUGUCGAUGCUGCUUUUUCUGCGCAUGUCUUGGGGCUACCAGACUCGCAGCAUGGAAGGCGACGCCUCCUCAUCGGAGAGCCGGCCGCUGCUGCACCACAGGUCCAAGGUGAUAUCAGUGCAUUCGCUGACGGCCACGAGCACUCGCCUGUGCAGCGGCAGCGUGGUGGACAGCGGUGCGUCCUGCCUGGGCCUGAUGGAGCGAGCCAGGACGGCCGCCUGGCCGCAACGGGCGUGCGUCCACCUCGCCACGCCCAGCACCGAGGAACGACGUGCCACCACGCUGGCUCAGGAAUGACACCCACAACUACUGUUGUCCGCUCGUCUCGGGACGUCACCGUAUUGCAAAGGGUCCAAAAACCAAUAUUCCAAUUUUCACAUUUACCCAUUCCUAUUUGUUUUUACCAGAGAAACGCAAUAGUUCAUGCAUGAGCUGAGAUAUGUGUCACCACAAAAGCUAGCUUACAAAGCUAAUACUUACUUUAUCUAAAAUACGUUUAAGUACAUAAUUCGCAGCCUGCUAAAGAAGCGACCCUAAUAUAACCAAUAUUAGCUCACUGCUAUAAUAGAACUGUGCCAAUAUACAUCAUAGAUCAUAUUUCUGGAAGUAUGUCCAGUGCUUUAUCGAAAUGACAAACUGGAUUCUAAGUAAGUACUUACUGGCGAACGAGCGCUCGAGCGGUGUGAUUUGCUUUGAAAAGCAAAUUUCUGCACGUUUUCUGAAAAAAGAAAAACAAUAAUUAUAAAAAAAAAUAAUGAUGGAUCCAGUAAUUUCAACGUUACGUACGUCUAAACUUCCAUUAGGUACUUACCUCUGACUUUCAAUUAAUAGGCUCCUAUAGAAAUGUGGUGGAAUGAUUCCCAUUUCCAAUGUUCUAAAUGAACGAAAUCUGCGGGUGACAUCCGAUUAAUAAUCAGGGUUUAAUAGAUUUUGGAACUAAGCAAUUCAAACGGUAUUUCUAAAAUCAAUAUCGGUAUAAUGGAACAUUUUGGAGGAACUUACAUAAAUAAUAGUGAAAAUAUCCGUUUUAUUUAUAGCUAUGGAGGAAAUGUAUUGCCGACUGCAACGUGUUCCAAAUAAUUAAUCUACCUGAUCUAUUUUAAAUUUUAUUAUUCAAAUUUUAUCAUUUGCACAAAAAUCUGUGAUUUUCUUUACUUUUUAGAUGUUAAUUAUAAAUAAUUGAUUAUUUUCUUUA